GGGAACAAACUGACGGAGGCGGACAUGAACCUUCUACGUGCAUGGACGCUCAAAGUCGAAGAGCGGCUCACCGACAAAGCAUUCGAUCGCUUCCGCUUUGCGUUCCAUAACUCCGAUCUACCAUCUAUCAAAGCCGCCAAAACGCGCGUUGCAUUUCUGUCAGGGUUUACACCCGAGAUCUACGACUGCUGCGUGAACAGCUGUGUCUGCUACACCGGACCCUACGCCGAUUGUCGCCAAUGUCCACACUGCAAUGAGGACCGCUUUGAUCGCUCAGGGCGUCCACGGAAGCAUUUCCGUUAUCUCCCUCUCAUCCCGCGCCUACGUACAGCAGCUGCAAAUGUGUCGUAUGCGACCAAGAUGCAGUACCGUACCAAACACGAUCAGAGCUACACACCUGGCAUCACAACGGACAUUUUCGGUGGUACACAUUACCGUCACCUGAAGGGCAAACAAGUCGAGAUCGAUGACCGUCCCAUCCCGUCCUGGUUCUUCAACGACCCACGCGACAUUGCCCUUGGUCUGUCCACAGAUGGCUUCGGCCCUCACAAGUCACGAACAAAGACA